AUGUGGGGCUUCCAGAGGACGCGGUAUGCAGACUGCAACGGUUCUGAGGCCAGUGAAGAGACUGAGAUUGUGGUGAAUAUCGGCGGAGUGAAACAGGUGUUGUAUGGAGACGUGUUGACUCGCUUCCCGGAGACUCGACUGGCAGAGCUGGCAGAGCUGGACAGUUCACUCAAAUCUUCUGAAGAAAUCUCAUUAAUAUGUGACGAUUACGACCCGGACACGGGAGAAUUUUACUUUGACAGAGACCCCGAAGCUUUUAAGUGCAUAAUUGAGUUGUAUUAUUAUGGGGAGAUACACAUGAAACGAGGCAUAUGUCCAAUUUGCUUCAUGAAGGAGAUGGAGUUCUGGAAAAUUGGCUCGGAUUUUCUGGAUGAAUGUUGCAAAAGCCACCUGAAAGAGGUAGAGGAUGAACUUGCAGAGAUAGCCGAGAAAGUGAGAACUAUCCUGGUCGACAGAGAAGGCGAUCCGUCUGCAGGGGGCUGGCAGCGCUUCCAGAUAUGCCUCUGGCGGUUGAUGGAAAAGCCAGAAUCGUCCCUGCCUGCCCACAUUAUCGCUAUAGUUUCUUUCAUCUUCAUCCUCAUCUCCUCCGUGGUGAUGUGCGUCGGCACCAUCCCCGACCUGCAGGUGGAGGACUCGGAGGGUAAACUCACGGAGCAUCCGGUCCUGGAGGUCAUCGAGACCGUGUGCAUUGGCUGGUUUACUAUUGAAUACCUCCUGCGUCUGAUCUCUUCCCCAAAUAAAAUAAAAUUCGUACUGUCCUUCAUGAAUAUAAUCGACUUCAUGGCGAUCAUGCCCUUUUAUGUGGUGCUGAUUCUGACCUCCUUCGGCGCGGGAGUGAUGGAGCUGGCUAAUGUGCAGCAAGCAGUGCAGGCUUUACGCAUAAUGCGCAUUGCGCGCAUUUUCAAGCUGGCUCGCCAUUCCUCGGGACUCCAGACUCUGACAUCUGCCCUAAAGAGCAGCCUGAAGGAGCUCGGACUGCUCCUCAUGUACAUGGGAGUGGGGGUAUUCCUUUUCUCGGCUCUGGGCUACACUAUGGAGCAGAAUCACCCGGACACCUUGUUCACCAGCAUCCCACAGUCUUUCUGGUGGGCUGUAAUCACCAUGACCACAGUGGGGUAUGGAGAUGUCUACCCUAAGACCACUUUAGGUCGGUGUAACGCGGCUAUCAGCUUUCUCUGUGGGGUCAUCGCCAUAGCCCUGCCUAUACAUCCCAUCAUCAACAAUUUUGUCUUGUUCUACAACAAGCAACAGGUGCUGGAGACUGCGGCCAAACAUGAGAUUGAACUGAUGGCACUGCGCACCGGCGGCGAGCUCAAGGCUGCAUCUGGCUCCCAUAAACAUAUUUGCGGUGCAGGGGCCUGGGACAACGACAUGCGUUCCGGUCACAGCGAUACAUUCAUUCCCUUACUGAAGGAUCCCAGGGGAGGGGCGGGCAUCCAGACCCCUAGCAUGGACACAAGCUUUGAAAGCACAGCCGAGGCCACUGAACAUUUUAUCUCAUGAAAGGGAAACCCCCCUUGCAUUAAAAAGUCAGCAAAAGAAGAAACAACAUGAAAUUAAUUAUUCAGUUUUGAAUUAUUCAAACGUAACUUGACAAAUUUGGUUUAA